AUGCCUCGUGGCCAAAAAAGCAAGCUCCGUGCCCGUGAGAAGCGCCGUCAGGCCCGUGCCCAAAACACAGUGGAGGAACCGGCCUCUCCCGAUCCUUCCUAUGAGGAUCCAGAUCAGGCUAGUCUUGCUGCUGGUAUGCCUACACCUCCCAACAAGCCGCAGGGGGCACACUGUACCUUUUCACACACACAUGAAAAUACAGGUGCCCAAAACCAAGAUGAGAAAAGUUCAGACGACUCUGAUGACAUCGAGAACUGGAGUAAAGAUCCGAUAAACCACAAAGUAGUCUUACUGGUGCAGUUCCUGAUGGAGAAGUAUCACAAGAAGGAGGUUAUUACAAGGGCAGAUAUGCUGAAGUGUGUUAUUAAAACAUCAAAAAACCACUUCACUGAGAUCCUAAAGAGAGCCACAGAGCACAUGGAACUGGCCUUUGGUGUUGAUCUGAAGGAAGUUGAUCCUAUCAGGCACUGCUAUGCCCUUUUCAACAAAUUAGAGCAUACCUAUGAUGGAAAGGAAGAAAAAAUGCCCAAUACUGGCCUAUUAAUGAUGGUUCUGGGUGUGAUCUUCAAGAAAGAUAAUUGUGCCUCUGAAAAGGAGGUCUGGGAAGUGCUGAAUAUGAUGGGUGUGUAUGCUCACAAGAAACACUUCAUCUAUGGAGAGCCUAAGAAAGUUAUCACUGAAGAUUUGGUCAGGCUGAAGUACCUGGAAUACCGAAAAGUACCCAACAGCAAUCCUCCAUCCUUCGAAUUCACAUGGGGUUCCAGAGCCCAGGCUGAAAUCAGCAAGAUGAAAAUCCUGGAGUUUUGGGCCAAGAUCCAUGAUACGACACCAGAAGCCUUUGAAUCCUUGUAUGAAAAAGCUGUGAAAGAUGAAGAAGAAAGAGCUCAAGCCAGGGCUGCAGCAAGGGCUCGCACUGCUGCUAUGUCCAGUUCACAUUUGAAAGCCAUAACCAGCAGCUCCUCCCAUGCUAAGUAA